UGGCUUUCGCGGAGGCUUCGGCAGCGGCGUCCGGGGCCGGGGUCGCGGUCGGGGCCGAGGCCGCGGCCGCGGCCGCGGAGCUCGCGGAGGCAAGGCGGAGGACAAAGAGUGGCUCCCUGUCACCAAGCUGGGCCGCUUGGUGAAGGACAUGAAGAUCAAGUCUCUGGAGGAGAUAUAUCUCUUCUCCCUGCCCAUCAAGGAAUCUGAGAUCAUUGACUUUUUCUUGGGGGCGUCCCUGAAGGACGAGGUUUUGAAGAUUAUGCCUGUGCAAAAGCAGACCCGUGCUGGCCAGCGGACCCGGUUCAAGGCAUUUGUCGCCAUUGGGGAUUACAAUGGACAUGUCGGUUUGGGUGUGAAGUGCUCCAAGGAGGUAGCCACAGCCAUCCGGGGGGCCAUCAUCCUGGCCAAGCUCUCCAUUGUCCCUGUGCAGCGAGGCUAUUGGGGGAACAAGAUCUGCAAGCCCCACACUGUUCCUUGCAAGGUGACUGGCCGCUGUGGUUCUGUGCUGGUGCACCUCAUCCCUGCACCCAGGGGUACUGGCAUUGUUUCAGCCCCGGUGUCCAAGAAGCUGCUGAUGAUGGCUGGUAUUGAUGACUGCUACACUUCUGCCAGGGGCUGCACUG